GUUAAGCAAGUUGUAACUAGAGGUGCGCAUAACAGCUCAUUUUGGUGAACAGCUCCGAACCGAUCAGCUCACCAAAGGGAAUCGAUUCGAUGUAUCAGCUCAUCAGCUCUUUUAGUUUGAACUUAAGGUUCAUUUUGUGCGCCGUUUUUCUUAUGCACCGGUUUUCUUUCAUAUGCAUGAUCGAAAUUGAAUCAUUGAUUUGCAAUGAUGCAAUGAAUGCAAUGCGAAUUAAUUUAUCUUUAAUUGAUGUCGACUAAAUUGAAUCUUUCAAAGAGCCGAAGAUCCGAUCAGCUCGUUGCGUGUUCCCUUCGUCAUAAUACAGUGAAUUCGGUAGCACAUUAGUGAGCUGGUGAGCUGCGGUUCUUUUGAAAAGAGCUGUGAGCUGUCAGCUCACUUCAAUGAUUCGAUUCACUGGAACAGCUCAGGAGCGAAUUGCCCAUCUCUAGUUGUAACUAAUAUUCACUGAAAUGAAUUAUUAUUAGAUUCUUUGUCAGUUUAAUUUCAUAUUUCGAGAUUAUGAAUGCAAUAAUUGCAUUGUGUCACUUUUGUGAAGCCCAUGGACCCGGUCCACUGUUCUGCACUCAAACGUUGCGUGAAACCAACAUUCAUCAGCUGGACAUUCACUUCGAUAGUGACCGGAAAGGAUGUCCGGCUUGCAACUCGGUUGGGAACAGCAUGGGAAUGGUAAGUGAAGACCCGGAUAGUAACGCUCACUUCGUCAGUAGCCAAGUACCGGUCAUAAGCGAAACAAUCGAACUGGUGAAAAAAGCAGCAUUUCGCAGUAUUAGCAGUGAAGUAAGCAGCUGCUCCACGACGGCUUCGACCAGCGAUGGUGGUUUGGUUUUUUUCGGUGAUGCUCACCGAGGCCACGUAUUAAGCUACACGUUCCAGCUCAUGGACUCGGAAGCACGCGGUUUCAGCAAACUGUUUUCCAUUGUAAUUUUGAUGAAAGAUAAAAUGUUUCUGCUAAACAUUCAGCCGUUCCUAGCGGAAGCUUUGGGGAAAAUUGCCAAAGAACUGCAAGGCUAUGCGAAAACAGUAUACGAAAAUGAUUUGAAAGCACAAGGCUCACAGCGAGCGCAACGAAUAACGCAAGGCUUUGCGAACAAUCCUCCAACGACACGAUCACUUGUAGAUUUAACCGACAAAGAAUCAGUAUUCGCCUAUUUGCACGCCCAUUUUGCAUUUGUCUUGUGGGCUGGAGCGAGAUACCUGACGGAAAGUAUUACCCUUGGAAGUCCUUCUGUUCCUGCUUGGUUAGGAAGGGAUACAGAGGAAGGAUUCACCAUGGUACAAAACGACAAGGAAGGCUUUUUAAUGCGACGAAUGGGACUUGGGAAAUCUGACGAAGACGGCAGUCAAAUCGAUCAACGCACAAAGGCCAAAUAUUCACUUCGUAAGUUUCGACAAGCAUUAAAGGGAGAUUUUCUCUCGGUUUGCUUCUGCGUUUUGACUGGGAUUCAAAUCGUUAUUCGAGGACCUUUGGUGAAAGGAACUUGUUUGGUGCAAAAUUUGAAGAAACUCUUACCAGAACCAAUGCACAAAUUGGUCCGAUCGCAUGCUGAAUCGUAUAAGGCGGCGAACGAAUGUCGUAUAAUCAACUUGAAUCAGGAUGCGGUAGCACCUAACCCUUCUGCUGGAAUUAUGCGAAUUGAUUUAGUUGAUGAUCGCGACGACACGGUUGCAGUUUGUGUUUGGGAUGGAGAUUUGCCAUCCAAAUUACCGACACUGCUUCAGAAGAUUAUAAAAGCCAUGGACGAGGAACUGUUCACUGAUUCUGUACUGGAUAAACAUUUGAGAGCGUUGAUCGAGGAAUGGAAAAACAAAGUGGUCUGCAUCCGGAAAAUGAGUUCCAAUCAAGACGUGGCCAAAAUUAAGAAAAUCAUGGGUAUCCAACAGCAAGACCAAGUACUCAUCACCUACUGGUACAGUCACUUAUGACACGAGAACUUCACUUAUGUUGAAUUUACUCCUUUGUAUUUCACUUAGUUACACAAAAAAUAAAAGGAAUUUUGUUUCCUUCGAACCGA